GGUAUAUACAUGUAUGGCCACGGGUGCUCUGUAGGAGACAAGCAAGGAGAAGCGUACGGACCAGGCCUAGAACAGCUAUGGCAGUGAAGUUAACGCUACUACUGCUCGGAUUUUGUGCGGGUCUCAUAACUGCCGCCCGCUUCGACGGUUAUGACUAUUGGCUUAAUGCCGAGAGACAGAACUAUCAGCAAGCCCGCUUUACCUGCUCGAGGAAGCCCGGGGGCCAACUUGCGGACAUAAAGACAGCUGGUGGUCUUCCGUCAAAGGCACUUGAGGACUUCAUCGUAAGCAAAGUCAUCGGCGGCCACCAGUAUAGCGACUCUGCAUUCUGGAUUGGACUCAGCAAGGUCCGUGGAAGAUGGGAGUGGUCCGAUACAACUCGUGCUGACAUGAGAGCCAACUGGCACACUGGAGUGCCGACCAAUCAUGGCGGGAAGGAACACUGCGGACAACUCAAACACUGGCGAAGCACCUGGGGACUGAACGGCGGGAUCUGCUCAGAUCACAGGAAAUCCAUUUGCCAAAAAGAUUACAACGAAUGCUCCCAAAACAACGGAGGCUGCAGCCAUAAAUGUGUGAACACUGUGGGGAGUUACUACUGUACCUGUCCACAUGGCUUCCAACUGUCUGGGGAAACAAACUGCGUCAACAUGACUGUUGAUGAAUGCUCCAGCGAUCCAUGCCGCAAUGGCGGAACCUGCCGGAAUGUGACUGACGAGUACAGGUGUGACUGUGAGCCGGGCUGGACGGGCGUCCACUGCGAAACGGCUACGAUCUGUGAGAACCUGCCAGACGGGACGUUCCUGCCGCACCCGUCUGACUGCUCCAGGUACGUCCGGUGUCACCAGGCGGGACAUGAUGCCGUGUUCACCUGUCCUCCCGGUACCCGCUGGAGCCAGGAACACAACACGUGCGUCAUUUCGGCUCCGGACACGUGUGACUAGGAAAGGAAGAAAGACGCCAAGGACAACAUGGGAUGACCUAGCGGACAUACGAGAAUAUCUUCAAUUUGAAACUUCGCUAAUCUCUCGGGAUAAGUGCAAGGUCACAACGACAAGCUAUCAAGCAGUCAAAUCGCAAACUGCAAUCGCUUUCUAGCUGGCUUUUGAUUUAGAUGACAAUAAAGAUUUUGCUUCAAAAUCU